AUGAAUAAUUCAUAGGAAAAUACUCGUUUAAGAUUUCUUUAAGAAUUACAAACAAACUCUUAAUCUCAAGAUUGGAAUGAAGGAUCUGGAGGAAAAUAUGGAAAGUUAAUGUUUUUGAUAUUUCAAAUGAUUUUCUAUUGUGUUUUAGUGUAUAGUUUUGCAUUUGGAAAUCCUAAAGAGCUUGGAUAACCUUUUGAUAUUGAUCGUAUCAAAUAAUAAAAAAUAUAAAGAUUCACCUUGUGGGGCAGGUACAGGAAAAGAAGAAUAUAAAUUUGGAUAUUUUGUUAAUCCUGAUAGUGAAGAAUUCUUAUAUAGAACUUUAUGUCUCAAGAAAUGUCCGAAAGUAAUAAAUAAAAUGGAAGAGAGUGAUGGUAAUAUAUUUGAAUAUAAUUUAAGAUUCAGUUGAAUUAGAAUGUCAUCCAAAUUUAUAAAUAGCUUCUUGUGAUGUUCGAAUUCAACCUGGCCAUCCUGAAUAUAAUGUUCUUUAUUAUGAUACAAUACCUUUUAUUAAUGUUUGUGCACCAACUGAAAAAUAACGAUUAUAAAAUGUUAUGAAUGCUCUUUAGAAACCCUUAAUUGUUAGAGUAUUAUCAGAUUUUUAUAAUUCAAAAUAUAUUUUCAUAGGGUUAGCUUUACUAGCUCUAGGUCUAAAGUAAGAUAUUUAAAAUUAUUUCUAGCUUUUUAAUCAUUUAUAAAAUAGAUGAUUAUCCAAGACUUGUUAUAUGGAUUAUAGCAAUUAUAGCUAUUUUAGGAUUUUUUGGAAAUGGUUUUUUAGGUAUACUCUAUGCUAAUUAAUUAUAAAAUCAUGCUUAAAUUGAAAAUUAAUAAUAAUUAUCAGAAAAUUAGGUUAUUGGUUUUUUGCAUUCCAAUUAUGUAGAUACUAAAACUAUCUUUAUAAUUAGCAUUGUUUUUAUUCUAUUUGGUUUAAUUUCUUUUAUAUUUGCAAUUAUUUGGAGACAGACUGUAACUACAGUUGGACAAAAAGCAGAAAUUAUGAAUAAUUAUCUUCUAAUUAAUUAACCAGAAGAAAAAGAGAAUUAUUUAGAAUCUAUAUUAAAAAUCUUUUUAUCUCUAACUGUGUUAUUAGCAGUAUUUUUUAUGUUUUUACUAAUGUCUCUAUUUUAUUUAUUUACAACAGGUUAACCGAAAAAUGAAGAACAUUAAUUAGCUUUUGAAUCAUUUUAAAUUAAUAAUAUUGAAAUAAUAUUAUUCACAAUUAUUGCAUUAGAAUUAAUUAUUGUGCCAUUUCUUGUUAUUGGAUUUAGCAAAUUGUUAGUAAUUAAUGUUAUUAUUGAAAUCUAUAAAUAACAAAUUUUGGAAGUAGAUUUAGAAUAUUUAUAACAUUAACGAAUAACAUUAAAAUAAUAAUCUUUAUAGAAUUGUAUUGGUAAAACGAUUAGGUAUCAUUUUGGAGAAUUAUUGUGGGGAAUGUUUAGAUUAUAUUUUGCCUUUUGCUCUAAACCUAUAUUUUUAAAUGGAUUUAGAUCGUUUAUAUAAGUAUGUUUAACAUAAGAAGACUUUUAACAUUCAGCAUAAAAUUAAUUGAAUUACGACUAAUAAUUAUAAAAUAUAAAUAGAAAACAUUAUUAAGGAUUAGAUUAUUAAUUAAUAGUAAGUUUUGGAGUUUCUAAUACUUGUGUUUUAAUUUAUAUGUUAUUAUUACUUUAUUCACCUAUUAGUAUAGCUAUUCACUCUCCUCCAAAUUUAAUUUUGGCAAUAUAUAUCUUCACAUUUAUGGUAAAAUACAUAUUUAUCUUAUAGAUUUCCUAUUUAUUUUCUUCACUUUAUGGAAUGGGUAUGGAUACACUUACAUUUUUACUUUAUAAAGAUUUAAAUGAAGAUCCUAAUCUAAGAUAUAUUGGAGCCAGUGUUUAGGCUUAAUUUCGAUUGAUUGCACUUCCUUAAUUUUCUAUGCCUGUUUAAGAUUAAGAAACUUUUUUAAAUAAUCAAUAUGAUGAUUUUAAGGGAUUUUAAAAUUGAUGAAAUUGAUAAAACC